CCUCUGAUGAUUAUAUCAAACUGUAGAUUGUGUAACUGAGUAAACAGUGACCAGAAAACGACACGCCUAACCGAGUGACCUGGGACAUACCAUUAUCACACAGGGGUGGCAGCACACAGAAUCAGAAGGAGUGUUGUGUCUGGUGGAGAGAGACACAGAUUGUAUGUCAGCAUGGCAUCGACAGUGAAAGGUUUGGUGGAGAGACUACGAGAUGGCGAGAACGUCAUCUGUGCGGAGGGAUACUUGUGGGAGCUGGAGAGAAGAGGUUACCUCAGAUCCGGAGUCUUCACACCGGAAGUGGUUAUGGAUCAUCCAGAAAGAGUCCGAAACCUCCAUGAAGAAUUUGUCCAUGCCGGAAGUGACGUUGUGGAGGCCUUUACGUAUUACGGCCACCGAGCAAAGCUGCGAAUGAUUGGAAGAGAAGAUGAACUUGAAGCCUUAAAUCUCGCAGCAUUGAAGAUCGCGCGAGAUGUUGCUGACAAAACGGGAACACUAAUGGCGGGAAACCUUUCCAACACAACAAUAUAUGACCCGGGAAAUUCAGAGUCUGUGGAAGAGGUCAAAUCCAUAUUCAAAGAACAAGUAGAGUGGGCCGUGAAGGGGAGGGCGGACUACUUUAUUGCGGAGACAUUCGACUCGUGUAGUGAGGCCAGCCUCGCUCUAGAGGCCGUCCGGAAGUAUGGAAAAGGUCUUCCUGCUGUGAUCACAAUGGCGGCGUAUGUGCCGGACAGAACCACAGACGACGUCCCCUUCCCCCAGGCAUUGAGGAGGCUAGAAGAGGAGGGGGCGGCAGUCGUGGGUCUGAACUGUGGUAGAGGUCCGGCCACCAUGUUGCCACUACUGAGGCAGAUCAGACAGAGCUGUAAGGGUCCUAUAGCUGCACUGCCUGUCACCUUCCGCACCACGCCCCAACAGAAGUGCUUCCAGUGCCUCACAGACCCGGUGACAGGAGGCAAGGCAUUCCCGACAGAGUUAGCUCCCCUGCAGUGUACCCGGGCCGAGAUCCGCCAGUUUGCUACAGAAGCGCGGGAGUUGGGCGUACAGUACAUAGGUCUGUGCUGUGGCAGCGCCUCCUACUAUCUGAGGGAGGUCGCCAUUGCUUACGGCCGCAACCCACCAGCGGCCAAAUAUAAGCCAGAUCUUGAGAGGAGCCUGUUUGUUGGGGAUGUCGAGGUGUUCUCUAGAGGUGAUAGAAUCAGUAAACUUAGAUCCUUCGUGACUGGGGACAUUCAGUCGUAAGACAGCAACACAGAGAACAACCAAGUCGCUUGGUAGGGGAGAUAUGGACAUGCAUUAUCUGAGACGAAGAAAUCCUUCAAACCUGACAAAGGUUAACUUAUUAUUCCAUCUGCUGAAUGACAACAGGUUUAAAUCACGCACAACGACCAAUGCAUUCACUGAAGAACGUAAUAAAACAUUUCAUUAGUU